AUAUAAGAUUUAUAAUGCAAAAUAUUGAAGUUUAAUGUGAAGCAUUUACUUUCUGUUUCGAAGGUUCUUUUCACCGAAAGUACCGAGACAUCAGAUUCCUCGAAAGAACAACAACAACAACAAGAAAUUCCGAAUCGUGUUGUAUUUUUAAUGAAACCUCAAAAUGCCGAUAUUGAAAUUCAACAGACGCUUUAAUGCAAUUUAUCUAGCUGCAUUACUUUCAGUGUUAAAGUGGGAUCUUUAUUAUGCUGGCCAGUGUCCCAGGGAUCAAUCAAGAUCUGUGAGAAAAGUCUUGGAGCAUCACAUGGAAGAAUUUCUCCAAGGAGAUGCAGAUGCCCUUCCGAGAUCCUGUCCUUUCCACAUACACAGAGACAUGUACCACGACCAUGAGAGUCACAAGAUAGAGGAGAGUUAUGGCAAGUGGUACUGCAACUACUGUGGCAAGUCCUUCUAUGCCGAGUCCUUCCUGGAUAAUCAUUUUUCAAGGAGGCAUCCGCAGCAUGUCUACACGGGUCCAGAUUCCGUGUGCCUGGCUGACUACUGUGAUAUUUUCCGCUGUGACGUGAUAUCUGGUCGUGUUGACCCGACAUUCUGGGACACUGCACUCUGUAUUGAAGAUGACAUGGUGGAGUUGGCAACAGACUGUCAGGAGGUAUUCAAGAGAUGUUUCACAGAAAAACUAAAUUCAGGACCUGUUUUUGAGGCUAUUAACAAGACGAUGUCAAUGGUGUGUUCGUCGUUGACAUGCAGUCGCUACUGGUUCACAGGGAAGGUUGAGGAGAACCAAUGGCUGAUGCUGUUGAAGACGUUCUGUACCGUGUUCCUCAUUGGCAGCCUUAUUAUCUACUACUUCCUUGCAUACCAUCACUUCUUUUCAGAGUCAUUAUUCCUAGACAACCCGGUACCUCAACGCCAUGGCAGCUUGUUUGAGGCUGAGUAUUAUCCAAAACCUUAUAAGCGUAAACGACUUCGUCAUCCUCCGCCAAUUUAAUAUUCCAAAUUAUCUCAAGUUUAUGUGCAAUAAAACUAUGCAGUUUGUAGAUGUAUUUAUUAAUUUGUGUAAUUUCACAGUAUUGUAUUAAUUUCCCUCCAACAAAGUAGAGUGGAGGUAUACUGGAGUCAAGUGAACGUCUGUUUGGCUGUAUAGACUCAAACUUGUCAACUAAGAUAUCCUACACUUUUAAACAUACCACAAUCAAACAUACAUGUUUGUAUAAUAAUUAGACAAUAAAUGUGGCAGAUCUGAGUCAGAUGUCUAUAAUUAGCCGGCUGCCAAAACAAAAACCUGAGGGGUGAAAUAUAUCUGGGCCAGAAGUCUAUAAUCAGCCUUCUGCCAAUACAGCAAUCUGGGGGGUGUUAUUUAUCUGGGCCUGAUAUCUAUAACUAGCUUGCUGCCAAUACAGCAAUCUGAGGGGUGUAAUAUAUCCGGGCCAAAAGUCUAUAAUCAGCGUACUGCCAAUACAGCAAUCUGAGGGGUGUUAUACAUCUGGGCCAAAAGUCUAUAAUCAGCCUACUGCCAAUACAGCAAUCUGAGGGGUGUUAUAUAUCUGGGCCUGAUGUCUAUAAUCAGCCUACUGCCAAUACAGCAAUCUGAGGGGUGUUAUAUAUCUGGGCCUGAUUUCUAUAAUCAGCCUGCUGCCAAAACAACAAUCUUGAGGGGUGUUAUAUAUCUGGUCCGAAAGUCUAUAGUCAGCCUGCUGCCAAAACAACAAUCUGAGGGGUGUUAUAUAUCUGGGCCGAAAGUCUAUUAUCAGCCUUCUGCCAAUACAGCAACCUGGGGGGUGUUAUACAUCUUAGCCAAAAGUCUAUAAUCAGCCUACUGCCAAUACAGCAAUCUUAGGGGUGUUAUAUAUCUGGGCCAAAAGUCUAUUAUCAGCAGGGGCGUAGAUAACCUCCAAACAUUGGGGAGGCAGUCCAGUUUCUGUACUGGGGACAUAAAGGGGUUUGUUUUAGAAGGUUGUCCACUCCCAUGGUUCCGAAAAAUUUUAAAAUUACAAUUAAUAUGGUCCGUUUUAAUGACGGAGUUUAAAAAGUGAUAUGAGAAAAAAUAACAUUUACAUUACAUUCACAACACUGAUAUUUUGUUACUGAUGGACAUGUUUUAUACCUGAAAUGGGAAGACUGUAAUAAAUAAUCACAUGAAACUACACAACAACCAAUACAAUAUGACAUGAUUAGUAAAGAAUAUAUCCACAUUUCGAGCACUAUUAAAAUACUGAAUCAGGAUGAAUAAAUAUUAUUAAAUUUGGUUAAAUAAACAAAAAUUAAGGCAUAAUUCAUUGUUAAAGUCCCUAGAACUAUAUCCACACCAAAUUAUUUGUUGAUUGAGGUCACAAUUUAUCAUGCAAUGUUCGCGUAAUGUUAAUGUCAAGUGUAGUAGUGUCACAUUCUAUGAAAACUUCCCGAAGAUAGUUAACCGUGAAGCCAUGUGUACGAAUCAAACCAACUAGAUUGGAAUGAACGCUGUUCUGGCUUUUUCUCCCUGAAUGAACGCUUAGGAAAAUCAAAAUUUCGAGGCUGAUUAGGAAUGCUCAUUUUGAACAUUAAACAAUUACAUAUAUGAUAUUGUUUCAAUGAAUUCUAAUCAAAUAAUAACUGUAAUGCUUAGAGAACAAAAAUAUGUUCAAUCAAAUAAAUGUUUUUCACGCGUAUAUUUACUCAAAAUUGUUUUAAGUGGCGGUUACCUUUAAAUUAAAGCUAACAAUUAAAAUUAAAAGAAUAGCCUGUCCUUAAUCAAAACACGGACAGUGCAAUCACGGAAAAGAACAAUAAAACAAUUAACACCAUGACAUUUACCCGGGCCCCUGGUUUAUGACACCUAACAAGCGAUAUGGACACAUCCCUAUUGGCAACCUCAGAGCAGACGGAAAGGGGACACAUGGCUUCUGCACUGACGGCGCGUGAUUACAAAAAUAAUGGUUUUGGGCAGGCGUUUUUAGGGGAUUUUACGCUUUAUUUAUGAAACGAUGAUUAGCCGAAAUAUUGGGGAGGCGGCCGCCUCCCCUGCCUCCCCAUUAUCUACGCCUAUGAUCAGCCUACUGCCAAUACAGCAAUCUGAGGGGUGUUAUAUAUCUGGGCCGAAAGUCUAUAAUCAUCCUACUGCCAAUACAGCAAUCUGAGAGGUGUUAUAUAUCUGGGCCUGAUGUCUAUAAUCAGCUUACUGCCAAUACAGCAAUCUGAGGGGUGUUAUAUAUCUGGGCCAAAAGUCUAUAUUCAGCCUACUGCCAAUACAGCAAUCUGAGGGGGUGUAAUAUAUCUGGGCCAAAAGUCUAUAAUAAGCCUGCUGCCAAUACAGCAAUCUGAGGGGUGUUAUAUAUCUGGGCCAGGAGUCUAUAAUAAGCCUACUGCUAAUACAGCAACCUCAGGGGUGUAAAAUAUCUGGGCCAGAAGUCUAUAAUCAGCCUACUGCUAAUACAGCAACCUCAGGGGUGUAAUAUAUCUGGGCCAGAAGUCUAUAAUCAGCCUACUGCCAAUACAGCAAUCUGAGGAGUGUUAAAUGGCUAGGGCUCAUGUCCGGCCCAGAUGUGUCGUGUGUUAUCAUAUAUGAUACAUGUAAAUAUAAUCCUAUUUUGUUUGUUAACUAACUUUAUUACCAAACCAGCUUUCAGUAUUUUUAUUUUCAUUUGAGUGAUUAGGCAUUUUAUGACAUAUCUUGUAUGCCUUAAUUUCUAUGACGAAACACUCCCAAUUUCAGCAAUUUAGGGACAACAAUUAAAGCAUGGCUGUUUGUUUUUACUGGUAAAAUAUUUUCAAAACGUUCAGUAAUUUAACUUUGAAAAAUUCCGAAACAUAUUUUGGAUUGUGUUUUUCAUGCACAUUUAGCAAGUUCUAGGAAUUUGAUAAAGUGCUCUGACGAGUGACACUUAUUCCAUUUAGUAAAUUGUGAUCUCAGUAAAAAUGGGAAGCAUUUGUUACAAACGUUUCCAAAGUAUUGGUAUAAAGAGGAUUUUAUGUUAAAUGAAAUGGAAAAGCAGAGCAUGGACGUGCAUAUAAUUGUAUUUUUUUUUGUUCUAAGAAUUGGACUUAUGUUGUCAAUGAUGUCAGAAUGUAUUUUAUUAAAUUGUUUGAUUGCUCCUUUAAAGUUCUGAUAAUGCUAUGGUUUCAGUUGUUGAUUGAUGUAUUUAUUAUUUCAAUUGUGUGCUACAUUUUAUUAUUAUUAUGUUUGAUUUGUUCAUUUAUUUGUGGCUUAAUUUUAGUUAUCUAAGAUUGGAUGUCAU